AUGGGGUUAUACAUUGCAAUUGUCCUGAUUGCAGUUUCUUUUGCAGCUCCAGUCAUUAGCAACCCGCAAAAGCAACCGACCACCGUUAAAGAAUGGUGUGCCACAACCUACAACCCGGAACCAUGUGAGCAUGUCCUUACUAACAAUCCGAAGUAUGGCCUUGACCAAAUCAAGGGAAAAGAUGAUUUCAUCAAGGUCUCGGUCCAACUCGCCUAUGACCGUGCCCUCAACGCUUCUAGAAAUGUCCAUACGUUAGGCCCCAAGAGCAAGACUGCGGGUGAAAAGGCUGCAUUGGCUCAAUGCGUCGAUCUCUAUGAUAAAAAUGUUGUCAUCCUAAACCAGACCAUUCACCAGGUCUAUAUUUGCAACAGUGAAGAUUUGUCAGAGUACAUCCUGAAUGAGAAAGCUGGUGAUGAUGCGGAUAACUCUCAAAAGAAAUGUACAGCUUUUGAUGUCUUGGCCAAAAGUCUAAACAACAUUGAUGACUGCGAGGAAGCAUUUUUCGACAUUGAUAUGACCGACAAUGUGAUGACUUUGAUUCGCGAUAGCGUGCUAGAAGAUCUUAUUGUCAAUGCACUAGCUUUGAAUGCGGAGAAGUUAAAAGUUGCUGGAUUGAAGCCUUCAGUUGGCAAAAAGACUGCAUCAGAAUCAGCCCAAAUGGACAGCAGCUCUGAGGAUGUUGAGGAAGGGGAAGAAUAUAAAGAACUGAAACACAGUGCCCACUCAGAUUAUACAGCACCUCAUACUCAUCCUCCACAUCACAACUAA